AACAAGUUUACGAAUCACAACACAAAUAAAUUUCAGUCAUAGUUGAAGCACACAACGCGCUUCUUAUUGCAAUUGAAGUGGCUUAGAAUCAAUAUAAACGCAUUUAUCUAGAUAGAGACGAGAGGAGAGAGAGAGAGCACGGUGCAUAGGCAAAAUGGCGGUGGUACUUGAGGACUCUCGGGAUAAGUUGAUUGCGCAGAUGGCUAACUGCGACAAGAUUCCCAUUGAUUAUAUGGAUCUGCUGACCCAUCGCAUCAGAUGUCGCAAAAUCGAGAUCUUUCACUAUGACGAAGAGGUCAGCUUCACUACCGCCAGCGGCGAGGAGGAGCAAGAACUGAGCCUGGAUCAUCCAUUGAGCAUGGAUCGCACCGAUGACGAGGAACGCACCUUGAAGCUAGUCGGUGAAAUAGAUUGCCUAAUACGCCGCAUCGAGCACAUGCAAUUGGCCAUCAAGCACCGUCAGGACUAUGCGCGGGGCUCCGAUAUGAGCUACGCCACUACCGAGCAGGACUCGUCGUCGGGUACGCCUGUGCCCGAGCUGGGCGUCAUUCAGUUCAAGAAGUGCAUUACCAGGAAGGUCAAGAGGGUACUGAGUGCGUAUGAGCAACAGCUGGCCGCAAACGAGCUGCCCAUGGACGAGCCGUUCCACAUUGUCCUCAGCCCUGAGGAGGAGCUUGGGGUGCGCAAUCUAAAGCACGCCCACCAUCGUCUGCAAUGCGAGAUCGAUGAGCUGCUCUGCAACUACCGUCUGGUGCGCACGCUGCUCAGCAAGAUGCGGCGUCAGAUGUGCCAGGAGAAUCGACGUGUUCGCAAACUGGUCGAUGUCAUGCAACAAUGUAAGGAAUGGUUCCUGAAGGUGGUCAAGGACCUGCCUCUUUGUAAUAGGCGCUGCGCUGUUUAUGAAAAGAGGAAGGUCCGCAAGUUUGAUGCCAGACGCAUCGUUAAAUCUCACUUCGCAUACAAGGGCGGUAUCUUUAGAACUUUUCUGAGCUGUCGCCAGCUGAACUAUGAGAUACGUGAGUUCGAGCUGGAAGUCGAGGAGCUGGAACAGUACUGUGACGAUCUGUUCCACGACAUUACACAGCGCCUUGACGCCUGUGAGAACGAGGAGGGCUAUGAGGAGGAGGUUGAGAGUGAGAGUGAGAGCUCAGAAUCAAUUGGACAGGCUUACGAUCUAACUAUCUAG